AAAAAUAAAGCGCUGGUGAUCGAGGAGCACGUCAACGAUAGGAAGUAUUAAAGAAAAGAACAUUUAAUUUGGUACUCCAAACAAAGGCAGAAGAAGGAAAGAAAGCAAGAAAGAAAGGAGAGAUGGCAUUGCAUCUGUUGCUUCAUCUCAUAUGGCUAACAGCAUCAGCUUCAGCAGCAUCACAGGCGCUGCCCGGUUGCCCAGACAAAUGUGGGAACAUCAGUAUUCCAUAUCCAUUCGGCAUCGGCGAUGGCUGUUACAGAGAAGAAAAUGAAUGGUUUCGAAUCAAUUGUAGUCACUCUUUCUCACCUCCCCAACCCUUGAUAGCAGGUAACCUUGAAGUCAUCGAAGCAUCGCUACAAGUGGUGCGCAUAAAGAACUGGAUAGCUUACAAAUGCUACAAUGAGUCGGGCGGGCUAGUCUCUCAUUCUAUUCCCUGGAUCGGCCUGCGUGGGACCCCAUACACGUUCUCUGACACUCUUAACAAAUUCACGGUCCUUGGGUGUGACACCUUAGCGGUGAUCCAAGCGCCUGACGUGAACUUCACAGGCGGUUGCAUAUCGCUCUGUGCUAGCCAAGAGGGAAUGAUCAAUGGAUCUUGCGCUGGCAUCGGUUGUUGCCAGACCGCCAUUCCAAAGGGUCUCAAGUUUUUCCAGGUAGAGCCCGCGAGCUUAAAGAACCACACUGAUAUCUGGGCAUUCAACCCAUGCAGCUACGCUUUCCUGGCCGAACAAGACCAGUUCCAGUUCUCUGUGACGGAUCUCAAUUAUGAUCCGAAUUUUGUUAAUAGGACCAGCAAUCUUGUUCCAGUGGCGCUUGACUGGGCGGUGGGGAAUGAGACGUGUGAAGUAGCUCGUAAUAGAAACUCAACCAGUUUUGCAUGUCGUAACAAUAGCAACUGCACUGAUUCAGCCAACGGUCCUGGUUACCACUGUAAUUGCCUUGAUGGGUAUGAAGGGAAUCCUUAUCUCCCUGGAGGAUGCCAAGAUAUUAAUGAGUGCUUGAAUCCAAAGGCCAAUUUAUGCCAAGAGAUUUGCAUUAAUACACAGGGGAGUUAUAAUUGUUCUUGCCCUCGUGGCUCCCAUGGGGAUGGUAGAAAGGACGGAAAGGGUUGCAUCAGAAAGGGAAAACCUUUUCCAUUAAUUAUGGUCAUUCUAGGUAUUUGUUUGGGUCUCUUGUUUCUACUUGUUGGUAGCUCUUGGUUAUAUUGGGGAUUAAAGAAAAGAAAGCUCAUCCUACUCAAGGAGAAAUUCUUCAAGCAAAAUGGUGGUUUGCUAUUGCAACAGCAAAUCUCUCUUCACCAAGGUACUGCUGAGACCAGUAAGAUAUUCACUGCAGAAGAGCUCGAAAAGGCAACCAACAAAUACCACGAGAGUCAAAUUCUUGGAAGGGGAGGCUAUGGUACAGUUUAUAAAGGAAUUUUGUCAGACAAGAGAGUAGUCGCGAUUAAGAAGUCCAAAGUAAUUGAUGAAAGCCAAAUCGAUCAGUUCAUUAAUGAGGUUGCCAUUCUUUCGCAAAUCAACCACAGAAACGUGGUCAAGAUCUUGGGCUGUUGUUUAGAGACUGAAGUUCCUCUGUUGGUUUAUGAAUACAUAUCUAAUGGGACUCUCUUCCACCACAUCCAUGAUGAGGGCCAUGUCUCCUCACUCUCUUGGGAAAGCCGCUUAAGGAUUGCCGCUGAAACUGCAGGAGCACUUGCCUACUUGCACUCUGCAGCUUCAAUACCCAUCUUUCAUAGAGAUGUUAAGACUACCAACAUUCUAUUAGAUGAUAAUUAUACUGCCAAAGUAUCUGACUUUGGAGCGUCGAGAUUGGUUCCCGUUGAUAAAGCUGAGUUGACUACGUUGGUGCAAGGAACCUUAGGAUAUCUGGACCCAGAAUAUCUACUUACAAGCCAAUUAACAGACAAAAGUGAUGUUUAUAGCUUCGGAGUAGUUCUUGUGGAGCUCUUAACUGGGAAGACCCCGCUUUCAUUUGAGAGAUCUGAAGAAGAGAGAAACUUAUCAAUGUACUUCAUUUCGUCAAUGAAAGAAAAUCGUCUCUUUGAGAUUCUAGAGGCUCGAGUUGUGGACGAGGGGGGCAUACAACAGCUCGUAGCAGUCGCAGAUCUUGCAAAGAGAUGCUUAAGAGUGAAGGGGGAUGAAAGGCCUAAAAUGAAGGAAGUAGCAUCGGAGCUAGAGGGAUUGAGAAGGUUCGAGCAACAUCCAUGGGUUCAACAGAAUGUAGAAGAGACCGAGAGCUUGCUAGGCGAACCGUCACAUUAUUCUGCUGGUGAUACAAUCGGGUAUGAUAGUUUGAAGAACCAGGUGAUGUUGGCGUUAGACAUGCCACGACAGGGGCAGAGGAGAGGAGGGAUGGCAUUGCAUCUGUUGCUUCAUCUCAUAUGGCUAAUAACAGCAGCAGCAGCUUCAGCUUCAGCAGCUUCACAAGCGCUGCCCGGCUGCCCAGACAAAUGUGGGAACAUCAGCAUUCCCUAUCCAUUCGGCAUCGGAAAUGGCUGUUACAGAGAUGAAAGUGAAUGGUUUCGGAUCAUUUGUAGUGACUCUUUCUCACAUCCCAAACCGUUCAUAGGAUCUGGUAACCUUGAAGUUAUCGAAGCAUCGCUAGAAGUGAUACGCUUGCAGAACUGGAUAGCUAGCAGCUGCUACAAUAAGUUGGGGCAGCAAGUCUCUGAAGCUUCCUUUAUCGUCCUGCGUGAGACCCCAUACACAUUCUCCGACACUCCAAACAAAUUGAUGGUUCUUGGGUGCGACACGUUUGCACUGACCGGUGGGUCUGAGGACAUGAACUUGAACUUCACGAGCGGCUGCACGCCAGUUUGUGAUAGCCAAGAUAGCAUGAUCAGUGGAUCUUGCACUGGCAUCGGUUGUUGCCAGACCAACAUUCCAAAGGGUAUCAAGUGGUUCCAUAUAUUGCCUACGAGAAUAAACAACCAAUCUAAUACUAGGGCUUUCAACCAUUGCAGCUUCGCUUUCCUGGCUGAGCAAGACCAUUUCCAGUUCUCUGUGACGGAUCUCACUGACCCCGAUUUCGUCAAUAGGACAAGAGAUCUUGUUCCAGUAGUGCUUGACUGGCGAGUAGGGAAUGAGACGUGUGAAAAAUCUCGUCGUAGAAACUCGACAAGUUAUGCAUGUCGUGACAAUAGCAACUGCACUGAUUCAACCACCGGUCUUGGAUACCACUGCAAUUGUCUUGAUGGGUAUGAAGGGAAUCCAUAUCUCCCCAAAGGAUGUCAAGAUAUUAAUGAAUGCGAGAAGGCCAAUCCUUGUACACAUGAUUGCAUUAAUACAAACGGAAGUUAUGAAUGUACUUGUCCAGGCAGCACCUAUGGCGAUGGUAGGAAGGACGGACAAGGUUGCAUUCCAAAGAAUGAAGCAUUCCCAGUAAUUAAGGUCAUUCUAGGUGUCGGUUUGGGUCUCUUGUUUCUACUUGUUGGUGGCUCUUGGUUAUACUGGGGAUUAAAGAAAAGAAAGCUGAUGCAACUCAAGGAGAAAUUCUUCAAGCAAAAUGGUGGUCUGCUAUUACAACAGCAAAUCUCUCAUCACCAAGGUUCUGCUGAGACAAGUAAGAUAUUCACCGCAGAGGAGCUGGAAAAGGCAACCAACAAAUACCAUGAGAGUCGAAUACUCGGAAAGGGAGGCUACGGUACAGUUUAUAAAGGAAUUUUAUCAGACAACAGAGUAGUUGCAAUUAAGAAGUCCAAAAUAAUUGAUGAAAGCCAAAUCGAGCAGUUCAUUAAUGAGGUUGCCAUUCUUUCCCAAAUCAACCAUAGGAACGUGGUGAAGCUCUUGGGCUGUUGUUUAGAGACUCAAGUUCCUUUGUUAGUUUAUGAAUACAUACCUAAUGGGACUCUCUUCUACCACAUCCAUGAUGAGGGCCAUUUCGCGUCGCUUUCUUGGGAAAACCGCUUAAGAAUUGCGGCAGAAACUGCAGGAGCACUUGCCUACUUGCACUCUGCAGCUUCAAUACCCAUCUUUCAUAGAGAUGUUAAGUCUACUAACAUCCUAUUGGAUGAUAAUUAUAUUGCUAAAGUGUCUGACUUUGGAGCGUCAAGGUUGGUUCCCGUCGAUAAAGCUGAGUUGACAACGUUAGUGCAAGGAACCUUAGGAUAUCUAGACCCAGAAUACCUGCUUACAAGCCAAUUAACAGAUAAAAGCGAUGUUUAUAGCUUUGGAGUCGUUCUUAUGGAACUCUUAACUGGGAAGACGCCGCUUUCAUUCGAGAGAUCUGAAGAAGAGAGAAACUUAUCGAUGUAUUUCAUUUCUUCAAUGAAAGAAAAUCGUCUCUUUGAGAUUCUAGAGGCUCGAGUUGUGGAUGAGGGGGGCAUACAACAGCUCUUAUCGGUCGCAGAACUUGCAAAGAGAUGCUUAAGAGUGAAGGGGGAUGAAAGGCCUACAAUGAAGGAAAUAGCAUCGGAGCUAGAGGGAUUGAGAAGGUUGAAGCAACAUCCAUGGGUUCAACAGAAUGUAGAAGAGAUGGAAUUCUUAUUAGGUGAACCGUCACAUCAUUCUGCUGGUGAUACAGCUGGGGAUGAUAGUUUGAAGAGUCAUGUGAUCUUGGCAUUAGACAUGCCGCGUUAAUAGUUUGAUGUAAUGUGUACUUCUCCGCCUUGAUUGUUAGUUGAAAUAUCCCAAAAUUGAAGGAAAGAACAAAUAAAUGCUUGAGGCAUGUUACACAACCAUUGUCUUUAUAGCCGUAUUUACCCUUCACCGAUUGUUAAAUCGGUUUGCAACAGAACUGACUGCAAAUUCAUUUCCCAGUUUAGUUCCCAUCUUCCUUUGUAACAGAACAGAGUUUUGUAGAACAAUGCUUUUAGAAGGCCUUUUUAAACUCUGAGAGAGAGGUUGGUUAGAGGAGAGGGGUUAGAGAGUGUAAAUUGAAGAUGAUUUUUGAAAAAAAAAAUAA